AUGGCGAGCAAGCGCAAGCGUAUGGCACCGCAGGUGAGGGUGAUCAGCGAGGCGAGCGUCGGCCCAGAGGCGGGUGCGGGGUCGGUGGGGGAGGUGGGACGUCUCGUGGACUCGUCGCAAGCGGACGACAGGCGCAUGAUCGCGCUGGUGCGCGAGCGGCCGCUGCUGUACGCGCGCAACAACAUGCCCGUCGCCUCCUACUACACGCAAGUGAAGACACUGUGGCACGAGGUCGCCAACGAAAUGGGCUGGACCGUGGCGGACGUGCGUCGCAAAUGGUCUCACAUCCGCAACUCCUACUCGCGGCACCUGCGCAACGAGAUGUACGGCGUGCGCACCGGCCGCGGCCGCAUGGUCUCCAAGUGGUACCUCGCCGACGAGCUCGACUUCCUCCGAGAGCACAUGGCCACUGACACGCGACCUUCCCGAUAUUCUUACUCACCGCUUUACCUGGACAUAAAGCCAUCCGAGGAGGGGGCAUCGAGCAGUGAUUCUGUGGACUUCAAGCCCUUCCUGCCCAACCCUUGGCUCAGUGCGUUGGCGGGCCAGACCCCGCCCGAUCCCGCACCGGAACCGCUAGUGAGCCUCAACGAGCCUACGAGUCCUGGAUCCUUUGAACCUGACGAAAACUCCGCCUAUUUUCAAUUCUUUCGAGGAAUUUAUAAUGAUUACCAGGAAUUGCCGCCGCCAAAGCAACGUUUGUUUCGUCGCCAGUGUCUCACCUUCCUGCACAGUUUGUUGGAUGAGGAGGACGCGGGGACCAGAAACAGCGAGCGAGGACAGCGGGACGCUAUGAACUUGAGCAAUUCUGUAGUGGAUAGUGAUGAAGACAACAAGAUUUGUGUCAUUGAGGGGGUGGUGGCCUCAGAGACCAAAUACAAAUUACUUCCGAAAUAG